CUGUCUGGGAUUUUCUCUCUGCCCCUAUCCCACUUGCGCACGUAUGUGCUCGCUCUCUCUCAAAAUAAAAAAAAAAAAAAGAUUUCCCAAAGACAUUAUGUACCUUCAUAAGGAAACCAGUGAAUUUGUCGCCUAUGUCACUGGGUCUCGGUCUCCUCAGCCCUAAAGCGAAGUUCAGAGACCACACAGACUACACCUCUGUGGAUACGGCUCCGCGAGACACGCUCGGUGAGCUCCCUACGCCGGUCUGCUGCGCAGGAACUACGACUCCUGACUGUGCCGUACCAGGCGCACAGCUGGACCACCUCCAGGCAGAGGCGAGCCCCCCUCUCUCUGCACCGGGCCCAGGAAACCGACAGGAGGCUCCGAGGCGUGGUGGGAGGGCACAGGGUCACAGGGUCUCAUGUCAGAGGAACCCCAGAGGUCAUCGGAUGUCACCCCUACCGCUUCCAGAUGAGAAAACGGACAGCAGGGGGGCUGACCGAAUGCCUGACGUCGUCACAACUAUGAGCGAAGCCCAGCACGCGCCAGGCUCCUUCCACUCAGCCCCGCGGCGUCUCAACAACACGGGCUUCCGCCGACUCAGCAUCUACUCAAAAGCUCCCCGGACGAACAGAGAAACCAUCACUGGCUUCCCACCACCCUAUUCCUACAGAAAAGACCCCACGUUCCCCAAUUUCCCCCCGGGCAGAUACUUCCGGCUUUACCACGUAACGCUCCGCAGCCGAAACCACGGCUCCAGCCACGAGAGCCUGACCACUGAGCCGCGAGAGACACACGCCCUGGGGACUAAAGCAGUCAUGCCCUUCCCUGACCUUCGGUUAAUCCUCAUUAGAGGUCAGUCCCUGUCCACGAAAACCUCCCCGACUUCUUCAGUCGCGGCACGCUCUCCUUCCUCUGGGUCCUCCCGCCUGUGCACCGUGCGUGGUCUGGGGACUCACAACCAGGGCGCAGGUCCCCACCACUAGCUGCCCUCUCAGUGCCUGGCUCACACGAGAUGCAGGACACUUUUGUGCUUUAGACUUCGUGAAAACAAAUCCAGUCUUCGGUGAUUAUCUAAGAACGUUACAGAACCGACCCAAAUAAUACGAGGCAACCAAAGGUUACACGGUCUGUACGCAUCUUUCCCCAAGAUAUGCAAAGCAAGCAUCAAGAGGCUGCCACACGUCGAGAGACGGGACACCCACCCACGGACCCCAGUCUGGCCGGGCCGGUCCACGAGGGGCAUCCGUGGAUGGCACCCCCCCACUCACCUGUGA